AUGUUUCAUUGUGAUCACUUCGCACCCUUUUUGUCAAUGUGCCUGAAGUCACUAUCUGGACGCCUCCCUUGGCUCGAUCUGCAGAACAUUAUCCAACAUCUGGAUCGCUUACGCAACGUUAUCAAAGAACACGCGGACGCUGUUUCUGAACAGGACAUGGAGUUGCAACCAUUGGCUCCACACGACUCUCCCGUCCAGCACCCUAAGAAUUUACCUAGUUUCCCCAAUCUACCAUGUUCCUUUGGAGCCCGAAUCAGUCGGUUUCAGGUAACAGCCAGAUAGCUAAGUAAAAAUGUCUGGUUGCCACGGUAUUAGUGUGUUCCAUAUGUGUCGUUUUUGCACAUCUAAUUCCGGCUUCAGAUGGUGGAUGUAAAUGGCUUCGGCAAUGGACAAGAGUUAUUUUCGGAAUCCUUUCGAGAAGCGUUCAGACAGUGAGUGGAUGACUUUUAAGGAGCUGUAUGACCA